AGACGCGGCUAGGAGCAGCUGCUGGGCAGCUAUCCAGCGGGCCACUGAGUUUACCUUACUCUUACUCUUACAUACUAAGAUCGCUACCAGAGCAUGGCGGGAACUUCGUCGUGGUCGUCGUCUUCAUCCUGCGCGUCGUCGUUCGGGUCGCCCGACCACGACGUCGUCUGCGUCACCGAGCCGGACUCUGUGGGCGCCGCAGCCGUCGCCGUCGCCGACGCCGAGGGAAGCGUCAAGUUCCUGUGCAGCUACGGCGGCAGGAUCCUGCCCCGCCGCACCGACGGCACGCUGCGCUACGUCGGCGGCGACAACCGGGUCCUCUCCGUCGACCGUCCCAUCCGGUUUUACGUGUUGCAGCGGAAGCUGAGGGAAUUGUGCGGCGGCUGGGAAGCGCACCUGCGGUGUCAGCUACCGACGGAGGACCUGGACGCGCUCAUCUCCGUCACCUGCGACGACGACCUCGCCAAGCUGCUCGAGGAGUACGACGAGGCUAGCAAGGACCGCCUCCAGUCGCUCAAGAUCCGGGCGUUCCUGUUCCCGACUAGGACGCCGGCGCCGUCCAUACUACAGCGUAGGAGCCCGCCGUCGAUUGCUCACCUCCACUGGCAAAACACUUCCCCGCCGGCCGCAGCCGGCGUCUCGCUGACGUGCGCGCCGCGGUGGUGGGCAGCGCCCCAGGCCUCUCGCCAGGCGCAGGCGCCCCAGGCGCAGAACUACGACCGACACAGCCUCGGUGAGGAGCGGCCGCGCCUGUACUAUUCAUAUAUGCCACGGACAUAAUUAGAUCAGAUUUAUCAUUAGACCCUGACCAAAUAUGGUCCAAAAUUUUGUUGAAGUUUUAAUAGACCUACAUGAACAACUUAUUGUAACAUAUAUAUACGGAGUAAUAUAAAAAAAUGGGCGCUUACAGUUGAGUUAAAA